AGGUCUUUCCAAUGUUCUGCUUGCCGAAAUGGUCUGUGGAGUCAGAAGACUUUCUAAAACGUUCGGAAUCUUAAAUAAUAUGUGUUUUCAAUGAUAUCUGUCGAGGUAAGAAUUGUCAAAGAAUAUCUCUAAUCGAGAAGCUCAAAGAUGAAAGUAAAAAGAACGGCUUGACUAAAUUAUAUUACAACAUUGCUGCAUUCUGUACCAGAAUAUCUUAAGUUUUUCCUUACAAGGUGCUUCCGGAAUUCAACUCAUGUGACAAAUUUUCGACAUAUUUUAAGACAAUGGAAAAUUCUAUGUACGCUCUUUACACGUAUAAACUUUCCCAGAAUGCCCUACAGAUUCUGAGUUGAAGUUUCCAUGAGGAUUUUUCAAAAUAAAAUAUUAAAACAAAAUAUAGCAACAGGAUUAAGAAAAUGAAAGCAGUGUCUGGCAGUUUCAUUUAAAAGCAGAUGAUUGCAUCUCAAGACAAUGGUACGUCGAAAAAGAAGGAGGUUAUGUAAGCUGGUUUUAACUUUUUGUGCAGCAGUAUUUUGUAUAUGUAUGCUUUUAAGAGCUCUUGUGACGACACUUGAACUUCAUGCCUUUAUUUUGAUUACGGAAGAUGAUGAUGGUGCUACUAAGAUUAAGCCUGGAAUGGUAAUGCAGAGACAUGUGAAAACUCCAGUGAGAAAAUCCUGGUUUGAACCAAGGAAUGUGAGUAUUCCUCCUGGACCUGGAGAACAAGGUACCGCAUUUUCGCUACCUCCUGGACUUGAACGAACAAAAGACGAACUGUACAAAGUAAAUGGCUUCAAUGCUCUGGUUAGUGAUUUUAUAGCACUCAACAGGACGUUGCCUGAUAUUCGACAUCCAAGCUGCAAAGUGAAAGAAUAUUUGUCAAAGCUACCAAAGGUCAGUAUCGUCAUACCAUUUCAUAAUGAGCACUGGACGACACUGCUAAGGACACUAACGAGUGUUGUUAAUCGAUCCCCCCAAGAACUCAUAGAAGAAAUUAUACUAGUUGACGAUUAUAGUAGUAAAGCGCAAUUAAAAACACCACUAGAUCAAUACAUCAAGCAGCAUUUUUCAAAUGUUCGAAUCAUUCGGGCUGAAAAAAGGGAAGGAUUAAUCCGUGCAAGAUUACUUGGUGCCAAAGCAUCGAAAGGCGAAGUUCUCUUAUUCCUGGAUUCGCACACAGAAGCCAAUGUUAACUGGUUGCCACCCCUGCUCGAACCUAUUGCUAACGAUCGCAAGACCGUGACAUGCCCUUUCAUCGACGUUAUCGACUUCGAGACAUUGUCAUACCGUGCACAAGAUGAAGGAGCAAGAGGUGCAUUUGAUUGGGAGCUCUAUUAUAAACGUUUGCCUUUACUGCCAGAGGACCUCAAACAUCCAGCAGAGCCGUUCAAGAGUCCUGUAAUGGCUGGUGGAUUAUUUGCUAUAGACAGAUUAUUUUUCUGGGAUCUUGGUGGAUACGACGAAGGACUGGACGUUUGGGGAGGCGAACAGUACGAACUUUCGUUUAAAAUCUGGCAAUGCGGAGGGCAGAUGCUCGACGUUCCUUGCUCCAGAGUGGGUCACGUGUAUAGAAAAUUUGCACCUUUCCCAAAUCCCGGAAUAGGAGAUUUUGUCGGAAGAAAUUACAAACGAGUGGCAGAGGUUUGGAUGGAUGAGUAUAAAGAAUUUCUAUACAUGAGAAAACCGCAUUACAGAAAUUUUGAUGUUGGAAACUUAACCGAACAAAAGAAUCUGAGAAAGAGAUUGGGCUGCAGAUCAUUUAAAUGGUUCAUGGAAAAUGUUGCAUUUGAUCAACCAAGAAAAUAUCCACCUAUUGAACCUCCUGAUUACGCAAAAGGAGAGAUUCGUAAUGUUGCUUCAGAUUUGUGUAUUGAUACCAAGUUUCAAAAACAAAACGAAAGAUUUGGGCUCGAAAAGUGCAUUAAAGACAACCCUAAUCAAAGUGGUGAACAGCAAUUUGUUCUUUCUUGGCAUAAAGACAUCCGUCCCCAAAAGAGAGGCCUGUGCUUUGAUGUCUCGAGUUCUGAAAAGCGAGCUCCAGUAGUUCUUUGGAAUUGUCAUGGAAUGCAAGGCAAUCAGCUGUGGAAGCAUGAUCUAGGUAGCUUGCAUUUGAUACAUCUAAUUACGGGUAACUGCCUGGAUAGUGAUUCAGAAAGGAGAGAAAUUUUUAUGGAACCAUGUGAUCGACGUAAAAGGACUCAAAAAUGGAAAUUUGACUAUGUUAAUGUAACAGCAAUUUUGAAUUGGUGAAAAUGACAGCACUGUAACUGAUUUGCAUAAAAAUUUGGUGCUAUAUUACAA